GGUGCGGCCUCGUCGCAGACUCUGAAGGCUUAUUUGCGUCGACAUGGCAGUUUCCUCGAGACUCUUGUUGGGCGGGCGUGUCCGCGCUGCGGUCGCUCGCUGUGGGCUCGCGACCCGGGGGGUGGCGGGCCCUGGCUCUAUCGGCCGCGAGCCAGACCCCGAUUCCGACUGGGAGCCGGAGGAGCGGGAGCUGCAGGAAGUGGAGAGCGCCCUGAAACGACAGAAAAAAGCAAUGCGAUUCCAGAAAAUUCGGAGGCAAAUGGAGGCGCCAGGUGCCCCGCCCAGAACCCUAACGUGGGAAGCCAUGGAGCAGAUCAGGUAUUUGCAUAAGGAAUUUGCAGAGUCCUGGUCAGUUCCCAGGUUGGCUGAAGGCUUUGAUGUCAGCACUGAUGUGAUCCGAAGAGUUUUAAAAAGCAAAUUUGUACCCACAUUGGAGCAGAAAUUGAAGCAGGAUCAAAAAGUCCUUAAGAAAGCUGGGCUUGCCCCCUCACUCCAGCAGCUCCAGGGCUCUAAAGAAACCUUGAAACCGCUCCCUGCAGGCUGCUCUGUAUCAGGCUCUUUGCUUAUGCCAAGGGAUGAAGCCUCAUUUAAAGGCCCAAGUCACAGCACAGCUUUGAAAGUGGUAGAGUCGAACACUCACAGUACAGAUGUACCAAGGAUACAGAAGGGAAGGAAUAAAGGAAUCCAGAAGGUCAUGGAGAAGGAGAGCUUUGUGCCUGUUGCUGCAACCUUGGGUCAUCAGAGAGAGCUGCAGAAAUACUCCACCAGCAAUUGUGAGGGCACCAGGAGAGCUGAUGUCGGUGGAUUGCCAAGUGAUGAGAAGCUGGAGGAGGUGAAGACAGGGGAGCCGCGGGAGCAGAACUUCAGCAGCAAAGUAGUGCAGAGGGGGCGAGAGUUCUUUGAUAGUAACGGCAACUUCCUGUAUAGAGUUUGAGCCAGGGUGUGACUUAUGGAGAUGUCUGGUGAAGCACAGCUAGGGCUGCAUAUUUGGAACUGCUUGGAUUUCUGUGUAUAGAUUUAACCAUCUUGGAGCAGGAGGGAGUGAUAAGCCUGAAAUGUGGGAGGAAAAGAGCUACUUGGAUAGAUUCCAGCUUUCUUUAGCACAGCUCCCAGUCUGACCCCUGUAGAUCUUUCAUACUUACCCUUCUUGCUUGGGCUUUCUGUAUAUUGAGAACCAGCCUGUGUUGCAUGUGUUGUUAAUGAGUGCCUGUGAUAUACCUUGCUAUAUAUGUUCAGGAGGAAAUGAAAAGUUUGUCUUCUGACCUCAUUUCCUUCUUUGGUUUUCUUUAUGUGCAAAAUAAAAUGCAAGAAUAAAAGUC